CUCUCUCUCUCUCUCUCUCUCAGGUCUCAGCUCCGCCUUCCUCCUCCUCUGUUUAUUGAACCUCUACCGCCGUUCCGACGUCGAUCUAUCCCUACCGCCGCCUCGAUGAGCAAAGCGAAGGAUGAUCGCAGCCUAAUCCUCAGCUUCUUCUGGAACUGCGCAAAAUCAAAGCUCCUCCUCACAACCCUCUUCUUCCUCCCCUCUUUAUUCACCCUUUUUCACCAUCUUCUCCCUUCGCUUUCCUCUUCCUCCUGCCUCCCAUUCCCUCCUUCUCCCACUCCUCCUCCUCCUCCGCCUCCGCCGACGUUCACCCCCUCCUCCUCCCUACCCUCCGGCGCCAUCAUCCGCUCCUUCACCCCAAUCGGCUGCGCGGCCCACCUCUUCAUCCUAAUGGGCUCCUACCGCUCAUCCUCGUCCUCCUUCUCCAUCAUCGGCCUCUCUUCCAAAUCCCUCCACAUCUUCGGCAAACCCCUCUUCCGCUGCGAAUGGCACUCUUCCCUUCCGUCCUCCCCCAUCCCUUCGUCCGAUUCCUCCAAACUCCUCCCAGAUUGGGGCUUCGGCAGGAUCUACACCGUCAUCGUUCUCAACUGUUCUUUCCCCUCCCUCAUUCCCUCCUCUGGCGGCCACCUCCUCCUCUUCUCCUCCCCUUCCCCUUCCUCCCCUGAAACCCCCACCAUCACCCUCACCGAAUCCCCCAACCAAUUCAAUCUCUCCAUUCUCUCCUCCCCCCCAAAAUUCGAUUACCUCUACUGCGGAUCCCCUCUAUUUGGCAAUCUAAACCCUAACCGAAUCCGGGAAUGGAUGGCCUACCACGCCCUCCUCUUCGGCCAUCGCAGCCACUUCGUCUUCUACGACGCCGGCGGGGUCCACGAAGAUGUCCUCCAAGUGAUACGGCCAUGGAUAGACAAAGGAUUUCUGACAUUGCAGGAUAUAAGGGAUCAAGAACAGUUCGAUGGGUAUUACCAUAAUCAGUUCUUGGUGGUGAAUGAUUGCUUGAAUAUGUAUCGAUUUGAAGCGAAAUGGAUAUUCUUCUUCGAUGUGGAUGAGUUCGUUUACUUGCAGCCGAAGCUUAAGCUUGAUUCGUUUAUGAAAUCCAUGGAAGAGUACGCACAAUUCACUAUUGAACAAAUGCCUAUGUCUAAUCAGCUCUGCCGAACCGAAGAUGCUGGCCGCACUCACAGGUAAAUAAAUU